AUCGCAUUGCAUUGCAGCGCCGCCGCCCUCAUGGAGCCGGGCGCUGCGGCGGCCCCGGCGCUCCUGCUGCCCCUGAGCGAGGCGGAGCAGCAGUGCUACGCCGAGCUCUUCGCCCGCUGCCGGCCCCGCCCCGCCCCCGAGGCGGCGGCGGGGGGAAGCGGCGUGGCCGAGCUGUUCAGGGCAUCGCAGCUGCCCGCCGACGCGCUGCACCAGAAAAAAGUAGGUAGCAGAAAUGAAACGGUGCCAGAGAAUGAAGUGCCAAAGAGGAAAUGCUGGAAUAAACUUCAGAAAUCCAAAAGCAGCAAGAUUACGGAACUGUGUGGUGCAAAACGUGUGGGUUACUUUGGUCCUGCUCAGUUUUAUGUUGCUCUGAAAUUAAUCGCUGCAGCACAGUCUGGCCUCCCAGUACGGCUAGAGAGCAUUAAGAGUGAAUUGCCUCUGCCCCGGUUUGUGGCAUUGAAAAAUGACAGUGAAAUGAGAUAUGGGACUCCAGCAGAAAUCCAUGGAGCCAAAUGUCAGAUUCCACACACAGCUUUGGAUAAAAAUUCCUUCAAAAGAGCAGACGAGGGAGAUAAACAGCAGGAAACCAAGUCUCCCCCUAUGUCACCAAUCGGUUCACCUCCUGCUUCUCCUUCUAGUUACCAGAGAGUGCCCUUGAGUUAUGGAUACAGCAAAUCAAGGAGUGGGCAUGAACAGAAGCAUGGAGCUUCCUAUGAAUCCAGACAUUCUGCUCAUCAACAGGAUGGAUCAGCAGCAGGGAAUUAUGGAGCCAAAUCUGCGCAUGGGCAACUUAGUAGGUCUCUUUCAGCAGAAAAGGAACCACAGGACAGCAGCAGUAAUUACUCAGAUGACCCCUGGAGGAUAACUGAAGAACAGCGAGACUAUUAUCUUAACCAGUUCAAAACCCUCCAGCCUGACCUGAACUCCUUCAUUUCAGGUACUGUGGCUAAGAAUUUCUUCACAAAAUCGAAGCUUCCUAUUCCAGAGCUUUCUCACAUAUGGGAACUAAGUGAUGUUGAUUGUGAUGGAGCACUGACACUAGCAGAGUUCUGUGCUGCCUUUCACCUCAUUGUUGCUAGGAAGAAUGGUUACCCAUUACCAGACAAGUUGCCAGAGACACUGCUGCCAGAUUAUCUUCAAACAGCUUCUCUUAAGCCUAUACGUGACUGUGCAUUAUUUGAUUCUUAUUCCGAGUCAUUGCCAGUCAGCCAACAGACCAGGGACUUCAAUCGAACUGAGCUUGAAACUCUUUGUGAAGAUCCAACCAACUCAGAGCCAUUGAUUCUCUUUGAUGUGAUGACCUCUGUUAUUGAGCCAAAGACAUCAGCUGAGGAGGUGCCUGAUAAAUCUGCUCUGACGCAAGCUGCAAAUAGUGAUGACAAGCAAGCCUUGAAAAUAAGCACUACUGUCAAAACAAUACCAAAGGAAUUUCAACACUUGGCUAUCAAAACAGUUGCUCAUGAAACGAACACACUCAAAGCAAGACCCAGAUCCAGGUCAUAUUCUAGCACAUCUAUUGAAGAUGCCAUGAAAAAGGGAGAAGAGCCCCCUACUCCCCCACCAAGGCCACAGAAGUCACAUUCCAGAGCCUCCUCCUUAGAUCUGAACAAAAUCUUCCAGCAAAACACUCAAGCUGCUAGAUCAGGCUGGUUACCACCACCACCUGCCCUGCCACCUCGGCCUUUUGUAUCACAGGUGCCACUUGUUGCAAAUACUGAACCAGCCACCCAACCCAAAUCAAGCUAUGUAGACUUCAGAGUACCGGAACAGGAAGGCAAGAUGAGGCCAGCCACGUUGCUGCCCCAUAACUCAGCUGGCAGAAAUUGGGAAAUCUACAAGACAGAACAAGUAUCUGAGAUUGAAUUACAUCCUCAGAUGAAUAGAGUCCCGCCACAGACAGAAGAAAGCAGCCCAACAAAAAAGGAGAUUCUGCUUACUCAGCCACCGUCCAAACCAAUCCGCAGGAAAUUUCGCCCCGAAAAUCAGAUGUUGGAGAACCAGGAGCUUUCUCCCACUAUAAGUGCAGCAUCUUCCUUGUCUGCUGUCAAGUCCCACCACCCAGUCCAAAAACAGUCUUCCAAGCAGAAGAGAGCUAUUCAGACUGCCAUUCGUAAAAACAAAGAAGCCAAUGCCGUGCUAGCCAGGUUGAACAGUGAACUCCAGCAGCAACUGAAGGAAGUUCACAAGGAACGAAUAGCACUGGAAACUCAGCUGGAGCAGCUUCGUCCUGUAACAGUUUUAUGACCUUCAGCACUUUAUUCAGUGGUGAUAACUGAGUCUUCAUGCCAAGAAUCUUCUGACUUUAUUAUUUGUGUAAAGUUUUCAGUUAGGCAAUGGCUGAGAGGAAAAUAAAACAUUGGGUUUCUUUUGCCUAUAACUAUGCACGUUUUUCUUCACAAAUGAAGGCGGUACACGAAAUGAAUGUCAUACAGUAGGGAAUGUCUAAAAAGUGGAAGUUUUUUCCCCACUGGUCCUUUUCGCCCCAUGGAUUCCUUCCAGAUGUUACAGAAUGCACAUUACCACCAAAUUGUCUAAACUCUGAAAUGAUCAGUAUUGUAUUUAUUUAAAGAAUUCCUGAUUUAUAUGCAUUCCUGGGGAAAAAAUGAUUCAUGGUUACAUGCUUUCAGAACUCUUGUUUAUAUUCAAAGCUCAUUUUCUGAAAUGGUUUCUUGGAUGUCUCUGAUUCAAAGAGGUUUAUAUCCUGGCAGAUUGUCUAUGCUGGUAAAACAUGAGAGAAUGAAAAAGAUUAUACAUAUGGAGUCCAUAACCACAAUCACAUCAGAUAAUUAUCUUUUGUAGUGCCAUUUAAGAUUCAUUUUUUAAUGUUUAUUAAUGUUAUAGCAUUUGUAUUUUGUAAGUUAAAAAGCAUGUAAAGGGCACUUUCAAGAAGUAAAAACUGUUGAGACUUGUUGAUUUUGGAAAUGUAAAAAACCCUUCAUUUCUGAGCUCUAGGCAGCAGGAAAGGUUCAAAAUGAGCAGGGGUGUGUGGGUGUGGGGUGUAUGUGUUGGUAGAGGAGGGGAUGUUUCUAAACCAACAUCGUAACUUUAUCAAUGGAAGUUAAAACAAACUAUAUAUUAGAGAUUUUCUCAUGUUUGUUUGCAUUGGCCUACAUUGCAUUUUGUUAAGAACCCAAACUAGACAUGUUUCCAGGGUAAAUAAAAUUAUGUGUAUGCUGUA